AUGUCGUCCAACGCUCAAUUCCCUUCUGAUGCCAGGCCGGAGCUGCCGGAGCCAUCACUGGCCACGUACGCCCGAGAAACGGAUUGUUCACAAGUUUUGCCACCAAUCGAGAGCUGGAAGUCGUUGGAGAAGUCACCAUCGCCGUCCUUUAGAAGAUCUUCCCACAACAGAAUCUAUAUGCAACAUCGACCCGUCCAUAAGAAAAGGGGGUUUCGCGGCGGUGGGUUCGUCGAUCCGGAUGGGUUCGUCUCUCGACGGAGAAAGUGGGUUCGUUCGUCUAGAUAUAAUGAAAGGUCGUCGCUCAUCAUGGUCGGAAGAUCCUGGAUCUUCGAUCUCUUGCUCCUCGUCGAGUAA